GUGGGUCCCGCGCGCGUGAUGAUGAAGGCUGGCGGCGACGACGUCGAUUCGAUCUUCGGUCGCUGCAUCGGUUUGCAUGAUCGCCAGCAUCCUCGAGCUUGACAUCUGGGGCCGCGGCCUGCGCUGCAGCAGAGCGGGCGUCGUCACGCCAAUGGCCGCUCCUCUCCAUGUCGCAGCGACUCGCUCGCUCCCUUCAUGCGAGUCUUGAGCUUGGCAGUCAUGGCGGGCGACGGAGGUCAGGGAUCUUUCUUUGCCCACCUCGGUCACGGGCAUGAUUGCAUGAUUGUUUGCAUGUUCUUUCCUCGUCUGCGCUUUCUUUGCUUCUGCUAAUUAUUAUUUGUUUCUCGAAGCUGGUUCGAGCGAGUGGAAUUGACUGACUUGCCAAAUUUUCAAGCUCUCCGGCCGAGCAGCAGCGAGUAGUUUCGAAGCUAGUCGGGCUCAGAUCGAGGUGGUAUCACGAAGUGCACUUGGCCCAAACGGCAGCACGGCUGUAUGGAGUAAGCGAAACCCGUAUUCAAGUUCUGGGCUGGGCAUGGUGAAGUGUCUACUCAGGAUCCCGUUGCCUUCAUCGCAGGGCAACGCAGUGGGCAUCGGUGCCUGUGAGAGAGCCAAAGCUCCAGGUCGAAUUAUGCCCAAAACCGAAGAAAAGUUCACUUUCCAGUUCAACUCCCGUUUCCACUUUCAACCUGCAAAGCGUAUGGAAUGGUCCAUGAACUUGGAUUCAUGUGGAGUCAAAACGUUUUGGAAUGUGGGACCGUACAUCGUUUAUAAAGGUCGCCAUAGGAAAAGCUGUAUCUUACACGUGACAAUAACGGUGUUCGGCCAACAUUGGCUUGACAGAACGAAAGUUAUUCACCGAAAACUGGAGGUCGCGUGCUAGAUCGAAUUUUCUAAGAAACCCACACAAUACCUCCCAGCGAAGCGUUUAGCCUGGAACCCUGGGUAGGACAAAGAUGGAAAGAGAGCUGCUUGGGUAUCUCACCUGACAAUCGUAAACCUCGCGUUCGUCUUGGCAAUGCUAACCAGACCUUGUUCACCUUGAAUAUCCGUGAGGCUCGUGCCACUUUAGAAUGCACCCUCCCUCUCACAACUGGUGUCAGAACAUCCAAAAGAUCUAUACUGGGCUACCAUACACAAGACUCUGAGUCCAUUUAUUAGCUGAUGCAGAAGAACAAGAGUACUCCCCGAGUAUGACUGCAUACGAGGAUCCUUCCAAUCUGGAAUCAAAGCUCGAGUCUGCAUAUGAAGGAGAAGUCGAAACAGUGCUCAAAUCCACCACCCACGUGGAUAUCAGCUGUCCAACGUAAAGCGACCUCGCACCGAUUUAUCGGUUUUACAAUGUCUUCCCUCAUUCUGGUUGGAGCACAGCACUUUGUAAGCGGAGACAAAGUUGUCACUGCUGUUUGGAGCAUUUUUCGUAUUAAUGCUGUCUUGUCUUCGACUCAAACUAAGCUACAGAUUUGUCUUUCUGGACUGUUUGUCUGGUCCAGAAAGACCAUUGUCCUGCGUGUAGCAAUUCCAGGCAUAGUCUAGGGAUGUAGGUGGGACCAUAUCACCCUGGUCAUGCGUUCCAGCUUUGGAAAGUCCAUACUCAUCUUGUUCAAGCGUCUUCAUGCAAUCUUGCACACGGAGGGCGAAACCUCCCAUAACUGCGGUAAUGCCGAUACCGAACAAGAGUCGGGUACUUUUGAAGUAUGUGGAGAGAACGGGGAACUUUGGGACACCUAAUAAUGUCUUCCAUUAUCGUUCUAUCAUAUAAGCGAACGCCUUUCUGAAACUCCUUGCAAGGAAUACUGAAGCUGCAGAUGUUGAGAUCAGGUGCAGAAUGCUGUGCAGCUUACGACGAAAGUGAUGGAUCUAUUCCAAGUUCUUGAACUUCCACCAGAUUCACUUCAGCAUUGCGCCAGCUGUAGAGAGCACAAGUUGUAUACAUGUAAAGCCGAGAUAAGAGUGUAGAAAGAGGUUGCUCAUAUUUACAGUCUCAAUAUUUUCAGUAUAUGGCGAUUGUGAAACGGACUAUCACACUGCAUGAAGAUACACGUGUCACAGAAUUGACGAUGAGACCUUGAUCUUCACAACUGACAGGCAGAUACUGAAAUAAAGUACGGGUUACAACAGAACUACUUCUUAAAACAAUAGUUGCUCCUGUUACACUUCCCGACACGAUUAUGGUAAGAAGCAGGCCACAGGUUAAAACCUUAGAUAUGAAGGAGAUGAUAAAGAUGAACUGACCGAUAGCAUCAAAGUCAGAAGAAAUUUUUUAAGCAUCCGGACAGGGUUCGAGACUGGAUGUUUUGAAAGGGGAGAACACAGCCAUAGCGCGACAGCAGAUUCCAUCUCGGGAGUGCGUAGACCAGCUGAAAAUUUCAUGAUCAAUACUGUUGUAUGUGUCUGUCGUGCAUGCCAGACGAUUUUCUCGAUUUAAGACCGAAAAAGAAUGACAGGCUAGAGUUUCGUUAUUGCAGCUGACCGUUUUUUAUGUGUUAUUGGACUCUCGUGAGCUGCAAUAUUCAUUCAAUUGUGUAGAAAUAGCAUCGCUUCGAGAAGCCAGAAUUAAGAAUGUGAAAUAUAUCCAACAUUGACUGCUGAAUCCACGCUUGACACCUGAUGGUCUGACCGUUUCCAUUGAGCUUAGGGUCCUCUGCAUAUAGUCAAGGAGCCCAGCGCUGCUUGAGGUCCGUAAUUGAAUUCGCCAAGUUACUUCUUAGACACGGGUUUCCAUAUGUACGAACGUCUUUGUUUACAUGCCAACAUGGCAUAUGUUCAUAAAUUAGUCCUGAAAUAGCGGCCAAGUUGGAUGUUCAUAUGUUUGAGAGAUGAAUGCCUUUCCGAAUACUGAAUAAGGCUCCAAUAUUCCACAAGAGAAACUUGCCGACAUGACUAUCUGAAGAGCUCAUCGACAUCGCAUCGAAUGUUGAUUUUAACAACAUAGUAAUGAUGAGUUAAUUUUCAAAAUCCAUUGUUACAUAUAUAGACACAUAGAAUAUUGGAUAGGACUUGGUAAAUUCCCAUAAAACCCAUUCACCGUUGGCACAAGGUUUUACUGCUGAACAGGCUAAGUAGUAUAGAUCCAGAAGAAAUAGGUUCUCUUGAAAUGUAUACACAGGUCAUGACUCAGACGGGGAUGGUGUCUAAUCCAUAACAUUUAG